AUACCACUGGCAGGUACUAGAUAAAAACACAAUAUCAUUCUGUCGAUUGUCAAUGUCCGCGUUUAUGUUUAAUAUACAUUUUAUUGUAUAAUGGACGAAUUUCUUGAAUUAAAAUACGUUUUGGUCGAAUCGGAGAAUUUUGACGACUAUUUAACGUUUAUCGGUAUCGGAUACUUCGCAAGGAAAGUGGCUAUCAACUUGAAACCCGUUCAAUCUCUGAGGAAGAACCAUGACGGAACUUACAGUUUCGAUUUCACAUCAUCAGUCACCAGCUAUACGAUAACGUUCACACCCGGCGUGGAGUUUGAGGAGGUCAAACCGGACGGGGUUAAGGCGAAAUCCAUAAUCACCUUUGAAGGCAACAAAAUGAUCCACAUACAGGGCGAACAGAAUGGAACCACGUCGGAGCACGUCCGUGAAUUUUACGAAGAUCAAUUAAUAGUGACAACAACUGCUAACGGCUUCGACAAGACUGCCAUUAGGAAGUACCAAAGAAUUUAUUAAGUCGAACAAAGUUCAAGAGAAGAUUAACUUUACUGCUAUAAGCUUCAGAAGGAAUAUGACGAAGAAUCUAACUUAAUGAACAUUGUUAGUCAACGUUUCUGAUUUCAAUUAUAGUUUUGUAUUUUGAACGAUUUAAAAAAAACAAGACAGAUUUUAUGAAUGAUAAACAAGGAUCACUGAGUUUCUUCAUAUUUUCAAAUAAUGUAUUAAUUGUACCUAGUCAAUUUUUUGUAUUAUAUGAUAGAUGUGUACUGUUCCACUAUUCAUUAUAA